AUGCUCGGUGGAAAGACCCAGACCGCAAAACGUGUGCUUGCCGUUAACCCACUAUUUUACACGUCCGCCUGUACUGCUAUAGAACUCCUGUUGAUCAUAACAACUAAACUCCGCAAGACGCCAGACGCUCCGCUUGAAUGA